AUGUCUGCUGAACUUAAAGAAAACGGACAUCAAUAUGACUCAAGAUGGAUUACUCGUGAAAUAAAUGAUGAUGAAAGUAUAGAAUCAGUUUUAUGUGGUCAUAAUGAAAAAUUAGCUAUAGCUUUCAAUUUUAUCCAACAGCCAAUUCCAAAUCUUAUUCCAGUUACUAAAAAUCUUCGUAUAUGUGGAGAUUGUCAUUCAACUGUAAAAUUAAUAGCUAAACGUCGUCAACGUCCAAUCAUUAUUCGUGAUGCUAAUCGUUUUCAUCAUUUCGAUAUCAGUGAACAAUGCUCUUGUCAAGAUUAUUUUUAA